CCCUGACCCUUCGUUCUCUCGCUCCUUGCUUUUGUUGUGCGUCUGAACUGAACAGGUUAGGGAGUAUCCGGUGAAAUCCAGUUUGAGCUCGAUGACCACUCCGUGAGGAGCAAGGCAGCGACCGGCUGCAGUUCGCCAUUUUGCCAAUUGCCACGAACAGCCACAGACAUCUCAUCGAGAUUUUUGUGGUAGUUUGUCUAGCAAUUUGGAACUUUUAGAAUUUUGUAGAUUGUUCACGAGAGGAACUCGCCAUGUCUUCCAACGAAGAAACGUCGUCAGAUCGUAAUGUAGAAAUAUGGAAAAUCAAGAAGCUGAUCAAAAGUUUGGAAAUGGCUAGAGGGAAUGGAACCAGUAUGAUUUCCCUCAUCAUUCCUCCUAAAGAUCAGAUUUCACGGGUCAGUAAAAUGUUGGCUGAUGAAUUUGGAACUGCUUCAAAUAUUAAAUCGCGAGUGAACAGGUUAUCUGUCCUUGGAGCCAUUACAUCAGUACAACACAGACUGAAACUAUACACUAAGGUGCCCCCUAAUGGCUUAGUUAUUUAUUGUGGAACUAUUGUCACCGAUGAAGGAAAGGAAAAGAAAGUUAAUAUUGAUUUUGAGCCAUUUAAGCCAAUUAACACUUCUUUAUAUCUUUGCGACAACAAGUUUCACACAGAAGCCCUUACAGCACUUCUGGCUGACGACAAUAAAUUUGGAUUUAUUGUCAUGGAUGGUAAUGGAGCUUUGUUUGGUACACUUCAGGGGAAUACAAGAGAAGUCUUACACAAAUUUACAGUUGAUCUUCCUAAAAAGCACGGCAGAGGAGGUCAGUCAGCUUUGCGUUUUGCCCGUUUAAGAAUGGAAAAGCGACACAACUAUGUCAGGAAAGUGGCAGAAGUUGCUACACAACUUUUCAUCACUAAUGAUAAGCCUAAUAUUGCUGGCCUUAUUCUUGCUGGUAGUGCCGACUUCAAGACAGAACUCAGUCAGUCUGACAUGUUUGAUCCUCGGUUGCAGUCCAAGGUUAUUAAAUUGGUUGAUGUUUCAUACGGUGGUGAAAAUGGUUUUAAUCAAGCAAUUGAACUGGCUGCCGAGUCAUUGCAAAAUGUUAAAUUUAUUCAGGAGAAGAAACUCAUAGGACGUUACUUUGACGAAAUCAGCCAAGACACAGGAAAGUAUUGCUUUGGUGUUGAUGACACACUGAAAGCUCUUGAACUUGGAUCUGUUGAGACCCUUAUUUGUUGGGAAAAUCUUGACAUUCAACGCUAUGUUCUGAAGAAUCACUCUACCUCAGAAGAAAAGGUUCUUCAUCUUACACCUGAGCAAGAAAAAGAUAAAUCUCACUUUACUGACAAAGAUAGUGGAGUUGAAUUGGAGUUAGUAGAGUGCCAACCACUUUUGGAGUGGCUCGCAAACAACUACAAGACCUUUGGUGCUACGCUGGAGAUUAUCACUGACAAAUCGCAGGAGGGUUCACAAUAUGUGAGAGGCUUCGGAGGCAUUGGAGGAUUGCUCCGUUACAAGGUGGAUUUCCAGAGCCUUCAAUGUGAUGACCUAGACUUCGGUGACUAUUAUGAUGUUGAAGAUUAUUAAAUCAACUCAUGAUCAUCCUUGUGUUUUUAUGAACUGAUAGUCAAACAAGGAACAUCGCUCAUUGUCCAAUGAGAGGCUUUGUUUUUCGCAUUUGGAAAUAGAGCUGGAGUGCUGUUGCAUUUUUCAAGUGAAAGCCUGAUGCCAGGGAUGUUUCUCUCAUCUAUAUCAUCUUUUGCACAUGACAAGUGAUAUUUCUACUGAGUCUAAUAAAAUAAACUAUGAGGCAAAUAAGUGA